GGUAGGCUUUGCUUCAAACCUCACUCAGCUUCCGAAUACUUGGUGCAGCACCCAAUCCUCAACGAAUCUGCAAUCCGCAGUUUCCCUGUUUGCCUUUUGUUCGGCGUGGGCGUGCACCGUCGCUUAGGGGUUAGUACUGAGCAGGGAUUCAGACUCACUUCAGUCAUCUAUCCGGAUUUCGUUCGCUCGCAAACCGGUUCAUUCAAUCAUGGCCGCGCAGGGUUCUGAGAGCAUCAAUCUGGAGACGCUGGAUACCCAGCAACUCAGUCAGGUCAAGAAGCAGUUGGAAGAAGAACUCGAGCACUUGACAAACUCGUUCACCCAGCUACACAGCGCGCAGUCCAGGUUCAGGGAGUGCCUCCGGUGUGUCAAGGCCCGACCUGGUGCUGGAGAUGGGGACAAGUCUGUCCUGGUACCGUUGACCAACUCACUCUACGUACGCGGAGAGCUUUCGGAUCCAAAUCACGUCAUUGUCGACGUGGGCACAGGUUUCUACGUCGAGAAGGACACUGAGUCUGCCGAACGUUUCUACGAAGCCAAGGUUCAGAAUUUGAUGAAUAAUAUUCAGGACCUCGAGGUCAUCGUGCAGCGGAAGACAAUGAAUGUGCGGAGUGUAGAGGAUGUACUAAGGCAGAAGGUUUUACAAAGCCAAGCAGCAUAAGUAGUGACGAAUAGCACAGAAUUAAACAUAAAACCUAUUCAUCUAAGAGUAAAAUUAAUUUGACUAUACAACCCGACUGAAUUAACUAUGCUUUAGUUAUAGGACCGGUUAUUUCUAUUAUAGUAUUAGGCUACUUUAACUAUAUAUUAGUAUUAACUACUACUUAUAUAACUCCUAUUUAUUUUAGUUUCUCU